AUGGCGUCCGAUGGGAAGGCCAAGGACGCGGACACGCGCGUCCUGCAAGGUGGUACGGACGAGGAAUACUCCUCGGGCAACGAUGGCGUCCAGGAAUUCGCCUACGACGACUCGCGGAAAAUUGGCGUCACGGGCGCCGUAUUCCUGAUCCUGAACAAGAUGAUCGGAACCGGAAUCUUCUCGACGCCCUCGGGCAUCUUCGCGGCCACGGGCUCGGUUGGCGUCUCCCUUUUCCUCUGGGUCAUCGGCGGCAUCCUGACCUUCUGCGGUCUCAGCGUCUUUCUCGAGUUCGGCUUGGCCAUCCCACUCUCCGGCGGUGAGAAGAACUACCUCGAGCGGGUCUACCGCCACCCGCGCUACCUAGCCACCUGCGUCCUCGCGGCGCAGAUGGUCCUCCUGGGCUUCUCGUCCGGAAACGCGCUCGCUUUCGGCCGCUACAUCCUGCUCGCCUCCGGCAGCACGCUCGGAGACGGCUGGGAAGCCCGCGGCAUCGCCAUCGCGUGCAUCACUUUCGCCGUCGUGCUCCACUCGACCCUCCCCAAAUGGGGCAUACGCCUGGUAAACGUGCUGGGCGUAUUCAAGGUCGUCAUCCUCCUCUUCAUCGUCUUCGCCGGCUUCGCAGCCCUCUCCGGCCGACUGCUCGUCCCACCUCCCGGGAACUUCCACAACGCGUUCACCUUGGAGGUCACCGAGAACUACGGCGGCCAGGGCGCGUACGGGUAUUCGACUGCGCUGCUGCGCAUCAUCUAUAGUUAUAAGGGCUGGGAGAACGCCAACUACGUGCUCGGGGAGCUCAAAAACCCCCGCAAGACGCUGGCGGUUGCCGCGCCGAUCGCCAUCGGCGGCGUCACCAUCCUGUACGUCCUGGCUAACGUGGCAUACUUCGCGGCGAUCCCGAAGGACGACCUCGCGACGUCCGAAGUCCUGGUCGCCGGCUUGUUCUUCCGCAACGUCUUCGGCGACAGUGCCGGCGCACGAGCGCUGCCGGCAUUCGUCGCGCUCAGCAACCUGGGCAACGUCUUGGCCGUCAGCUUCGCCCACGCUCGGUUGAACCAGGAGUUCGGAAAGGAGGCUCUCCUGCCGUUCGGAAAGUUUUGGGCGUCUAUCAAGCCGUUCAACGCGCCGGCCCCUGCGCUUUUCCUGCACUGGAUCGUGACGGUCAUCGUGCUCGUCGCUCCUCCGGCGGGCCCCGCUUACAACUUCAUAGUCGACCUGUACGUGUACCCGGGUGCGUGGAUCAACGGCUUCGUGGCCGCCGGCCUCAUCUACCUGCAGUGGCGGAAAUCGGAGAACUGGACGUCCCCGUGGCACACGUACCUGCCCAUCAUCGUGCUCUAUCUGCUGGCCAACAUCUUCCUCGCUAUCGUUCCGUUCAUACCGCCGAACGGGGACUGGAACUCGGACGGAUACCCGUACUUCGUAUUCCCGGUUGUGGGUGUGGGUGUGCUGCUUCUCGGCGGCGUGUACUGGCUGCUGUGGUCCAAGGUCUGGCCAGCCAUCGGCGGAUACAAGAUCGAGGCGCACAGGAUUGUCGACGACGACGGCGUCGAAGUCGUCCGCUACAAGAAGAUCAAGAUUAGGUAG